AUGAUUUCGAGUCAAACAGCUCGCAAUGUCAUUCUCAACUUGAAGCAGAAAAACUGGUGGCGAUCAAUAGGUUCUGGGAUAACGAUAGACUCCAGUUUAGAGCCAAAGCACGGUUCUUCUCUCCUCGGACGUGCGUCUGAGAGGCAUCAAGGACAUCCAGAUAAAGCUCGGGCAGGCGGACCGUCGAACUUUCGGUCUCGCACCCAGCUGGACAAACGUCAAGGAAAUGGCGAGGGGGUGCAGAAGAAACGUUUACUCAAACCUUAUGACUUGUCAAUUCAGCUCAAGAGUUUGUGCAGGGAGGGGGACCUUGACGGUGCUAUUGAGCGUUUAAAGUCGACCCCUCGGGAUGCGCAGAACAUAGCCGUGUGGAAUACAAUGAUCUCAGAGUGCUUGAGCGCUGAACGGUACCAGCUCUCCUACGAUUUGUUCGUUGACAUGAAGCGUAGAGGGUUUUCACCCAACAGUAUCACUUUCUCCACUAUGCUCAGCGGUAUUUCCCUCAUCAAGGACUGGCCGAAAUACAGCAAACAAUUGCAGAACGCGCAUUCUCUUUACGAGUCCUACCUCAAACACCUCGAAUCCGUCAAAUUUCACGAGGCUGACAACUCGAAGGAGAUGUCCCUGCAGCCUCUUGUUUCAUACAUCCAGAUUCUCGGCGAUGCAGGAGAAUACCAUAAAAUCUUCGACGUUUACUUCGCCAUGGACCAGGAAGGACCUCUUGCACCUGACAGGUUUGUCUUCACCGCGAUGUUCAAGACAAUAUCCGCACGUCAGAAGCGUUCGGUCACUGACGGAGAGACUUCUACUCGCAACGAUGCUGCGUCUGAUGCGAAGCACGUUUGGAUGCAGAUGGAGAAAGUUAUGCAGAGGAAUCCUGACUUCUUCUUGGAUCCUGGGCUCAUUGCAACAGCCAUCCGCGCCCUUACGCGGGGAAGCCCAAAUGAUCAAAGUUUUGCAUUCACUAUCAUCCAUGAUCAAUUGGGUCUUUCAAAGCCAGGGGAAGAUGUGCCUAAAAGGUUGUCAAACAAUCUUAAUGCAUGGACGUUAGACGCUACCCUCCAACUUUGCAACGCCAUGCAAAAACAUAGACUCACCGUUCACUUCACGCGUCAAGUUAUGGAAAAAAUCAAUUGGGAUAAAGUUUGGAUGCGUUACCUCAUCGACUCUAACCACAUACACAAACUCCUCAGAGCGUAUGCUGGACUUGCCGCUCUCGGAUCGCUCAACGAGUCGAGCGAAGCUCUGGGGGCAUUGGAAUGGAGUGUACAGAACGACAUAAUUUAUCAUCUCCCCAAGUUGACACCAACAGCGCAAUCGUACCACCUCGCUCUUAUGACAUGCUGCCGCAGUGCAGACUGGCCAACUGCCGUCCGCGUGUAUGAACUCAUGACAGGCGUCGAAACCAGUCAAUUCGAGUCGGGUGGAAGUUGUUCUCCGACGGUGAAGAAGAGGUCCAAGGGGAAGAACCUGCCGACGGAUGCGGAAACCAUAUCGUUCCUUCUGCGCACCGCCCUUGCCGCCAACAACGUCACGUAUAUUCAACAUGCAAUGUGGCUGGCUGACUUUGCGCGCGUUGACACGCUUCUCAGUGAUGAACAUACGACCGCGUUCUACCGAUCUAAACUUGCGUCUACCUUGAUGGAGGCGACAAAACGCCUCCAAGAGGCAGGGGGCCUUACUCAGGAGCAAGAAAAGACCUGGAGCUCGUACAGAUCAUUGGCACGACAGGUUCUGAAGAGCACGAGAGGUAGCCCAACACCUGGAGUUGAGGAGGAGAGGUUAGGCAACAUUCGGACACUCGUUGACAUAGACAACUAUGUAGCCUUCGAGAUGGCAUCGCGUAGUACCAAAUCACGCACAUGA